AUGAGGGCUCCGAUGGAGGGGACCAAAGGUUUUCAAGUUCUGGAAAUCAAUUUGAUUUCCACCCAAGAUCUGAAGAAGAAGGCAAACAAAGGUAGUAAAACACAACAAACCUAUGCAGUGGUUUGGGUGGAUGAUUCGUCGAGGAAAUUAAGAACUCGAACGGAUGAUUUUGGAGACGAAAACCCUACAUGGAACGAUAAAUUUCUGUUUCAAGUUUCAUCGGAGUUCAUCAACAGCGCCACUGCCGGAUUCAACGUGGAGAUUUACAAGGAAAACGCCGGAGCUGAUUUGGGUAUACUACUGAAAGAAUCUUCGAUUGUCAACUUUCACGAAUUGACUCAACCUAAAUCUCAAGUCAAAGUGGAGGAGGAGGGCAGCACCAAAAGUAGUAGUAGCAGCAGCUUGUUGAAGAAGUUAAGAUUGGUCAGAUCUUCGCCGUCGUUGUCAACCAUGUCAGAGCCAUUGACCACAUCGGAGGUUGCAGCUACGAUGUCGAUGAGGACCGUCAAAUCAGAUUCUUCAUCAUUAUACUCCAUGACGCAGUGA